GAGAGAGAGAGAGAGAGAGAGAGAGAGAGUUUGUUGCUUCAUAACAGAAAGGAUCACAGACUGCAGCUACAGAAAAGAACCAGCAGAGAAAAAGCCACACAGAGACACAGACACACACGGAGACACACACACACAGAGACACAGACACACACAGGGAGAUACACACACACAGGGAGAUACACACACACACACACUUUCUGUCAGCAGAGAAAGGAAAGUUAAUACCCAUCAGUUCGUUGUCUAAGUGUAUCAAGGCAGCUGUAGUCAACAUGGCAUUAGGAGGAUGUGGGCAGAUCUGCAAAUGGAUCAUCAUCCUGUUCAACAUCCUCUUCAUCUUGUUGGGUUUAAGUUUAUUAUUAGGUGGAUUGUAUCUUCGCUUCAGUGCUGACUUACCCGAGCAAUUAAAAAGCAACCACUUCAUCUUCAUGGUCGGACUGUGCAUGGCGAUUGGUGCUGUAAUUCUUAUAACUUCUGUGAUUGGAGAUUACGGCUCCUGUACUGAGAAUAAAUCCUCACUCACUGUGUACUGCUCUCUGCUGUUCAUACUCGCAGCAGCGGCCGCCAUCGGAGGGGGCGUGGCCUUUGUUAAAAACAAAGAGUUCUCAAACCAUGUUGCAGAGUUUUACGCCACCAUCUAUACGCAGUACUUGGUUACAGGAGACGUGAUCCGAGCUUUUAUGCUCAAACUGUUCCACAAUGCUUUUGACUGCUGUGGCCUAGGAGGAACUAUGCAGACACUGAUGGGUGCUACGAGCAUCUGCCCACAGAGGAGCUCCUUUCUGGGAAUCGAUGUCUCCACCUCUUCUAGUUGCCUGCCUCUGAUUAUGACCCAGCUGGAGGCAUCAUCAGUGCUGACAUUUUUUAUGGUAAUCACUGGUAUUCUGAUCACGGCUCUUGUAUGCGCUGGUUUUAUGUGCCAGCAGCUGUCUCGCCCCGUCCUCACUUCUCCUCCGUACAUCCCUCUUUCCCAAACUCCUUGUUCUCCUUCCUCCAUUAAUAUCUGCUCCACUAUCCCUCCUUCCUUUCCUCCAGCUUAUAGCACUUCAACCGGACAAGUCUGACUCAACAGACUCCAGUGUACUUCAUCCCUCUCUUUUUAUUUUUGUUUUAGAAUAAUGAUGGUUGUUUGGGUGAUUAGUAGAUGUCCAGUAGAGGUCCCAGGGUUCUACAUGAAACUUUAAGCUUUUUCAACUUUUUUCUUUUCUGGUUUUCACCCCCCCCCCCCUCUGUCUCUCUCUCUAUCUCUGUCUCUCUCUAUCUCUCUCUCCUCUUUGGUAGUUUCUGGUGUUGGUCUGCAGUGUUAUGCUGGUCUGCAGCAUAAAGAACAGUGUGCACUACUCAUUACCCUUCUACAAUUGACCUACAACAGCUCAACGAUGCAACACAUCAUCCAUCUGUCUGCCAUCAAAUAUUUUCAUUUACUCCAACUAAAGUUUCCUAUCCUUCUCACAUAAACCCAAUCUUUUCUUACACACCCAUUUCACGUCAAGGUCUUCUCCUGCUUACAUCCUACUUCUCUUCAUUCUUCUGACACUCUUAUUUCACCCCCUUUAUUCACUUCCUCUCUUUGCUUCCAUCAAUUCCUCCAUUUUUCUAGAAGAUUUGUUUACUCAAGUGGAAGAGACGUCAAACAGAACCACUGAGGAGGACUUCUGUGUCAAAUGCGCGCACACACACACACACACACACACACACACACACACACACACACACACACACACACACACACACACACACACGUUAUUAAUUAUUAAAACUUAAUCUUUUCACUAAAAGCACUUUUCUCCUGAGGACCAGACAGCAUUCCACUCAAAGUCAUAAUCUGUCUUGAAUUCCUAUAAUUAUGUUGACAUUUAUUCUUUAUAAAAUCAUAAAUAAAAGAUGAAAAAUAAAGAUCAUUGUGGUAUUAUUUAAUACACAUUAAAUAAAAGUUUAUAUAAACAUUCCCAGUAACACACAUACAUUCUGCAUAGCAUUUCCAUUUCAUCAGUUUCUGUGCCUGUAGUUUCCACUUUUCUGAAUGCUCUACAACUUUAUUAUUUAGAAAUUUUAUGUGUGUGAAAUUAAUGGUAAGUUUUAUUUCUUAAAAUGUAUGUGUUUUUCCUACAUCAAUAAACAUUGUUGUGAAGUUUU